CUGCGGUCUGACCAUAAUGAAUCCCCUCACCAAAGUGAAGCUCAUCAAUGAACUGAAUGAAAGAGAAGCUGAACUGGGCGUCAAAGACAAUGUGUCCUGGCAUUCAGUCUAUAAGAACAGCGCCUGGAUCUUCAUCGGUGGCUUCCCUUAUGAGUUGACAGAAGGAGACAUCAUCUGUGUUUUCUCGCAGUAUGGAGAGAUUGCCAACAUUAACCUGGUUCGAGAUAAGAAAACUGGCAAAUCAAAGGGAUUCUGCUUCCUGUGCUAUGAGGAUCAAAGGAGCACUAUUCUGGCUGUGGAUAACUUCAAUGGAAUAAAGAUUAAAGGCCGAACCAUACGUGUAGACCAUGUAGCAAAUUAUCGGCCACCUAAAGACACAGAUGACAUAGAUGAUAUCACUGAACAAUUGCGAAAAGAGGGUUGCGCUCCCAAAGUGCCCCCUCCUUCCUCCUCUGACUCAGAAUCUGAGAAAGACGAUGCUGUACCUUUGAAAAAGCCAAAAAAAGAUAAAAAGGAGAAGAAGAAAAAGAAGGACAAAAAAGAGAAGAAAAAGGCAUUAAAGGAAGAGAAACGUGAGGCACGGACUGAGACGUCAAUGUCAUCCCCACUCAGAGUGGAGGAGGAGGAGGAGGAUGUGGCGUAUGAGAAGUAUGCUGAAAAAGGACCGGCAGACAACAGACGGGACAGACGUGGACAAGAGUCAAGAGGACAUCCACAGCACAGAGCAGGGCAGGUGGACCGAUUCAGAGACGGAUAUGGAGAUGAUAGGAGAGUUGAAAGAGACAGGGAUAAAGAAGACAGAAAUACAGACAGGAGCAGAGAGGAGAAAAGACAUGAAGACACACGAAAGCGAGACAACAGGGAUAGAGGAAGAGGGGGUGAUAGAGAAAGAAAUGGAGAAAGAGUACAAGAUGAAGGGAGAGACAGGGGUAGAGAAAGAGAGAGAGACAAAGGAGGGGAGCGAGACAGACACCGAGAACACAGGCGAAACUAAAUGCACGGCUGUUUUUUUCCCCAUUCAAAAUGGACUGUUUUAUCAGAGGUGAUUUUAUUUUCUACAAGUGUACCUCCGAAAAUGUAAAUAAAUGUUUAGAAUUUGUGCUUUACACUUUACGUACACCCGUUUGACAAAUAAAUACAUUUUAUUUGCAUUUAUAUGGUACAAAGACCAAAAAAUAUUCUGAUGAACAGUGACAACUGAAAACGUUUUUCCAAAAUCAAAAUGAUGCUCUCAAAGGACCCCAACCAUUACAGAUUUCGGUUGUAAAACUAGUAAAAGAUUUAGUUAAGGACAGGUGUUCAGCAGAAGGAAAAACAAUGUGCACAUUACCCAUUUAUACCUGCUCAACAGGAAACAACAGCAUUUCUCCAUCGCUAAUAUUUCAAAUAAUCUCUAGAGCCAUAUCAACAGAUUUUAAUAAACUAGCAAGAGAAGAUGAAACUGAACUACACAGUUAUACUCUGAAUAAAUAAACACACAGAAUUCAUUAGUUAUAAACAUUGAGAUUCCGGCAAUUUGUUUCACUAAAUGUGUAUACCUCAAAGUAUACCAAUUUUUUUUUUUCCACAUUCAAAAUAAUUGCUUUCAGUACUGAAACAAUUUACAGUUAGCAAAAAAGUGACUGCAUAGGUUUACUGAGUCAGGGCUUUUCUCAGAAGUUUCUCUGAUACCGUAGGGAAAAAAGUGAAUCGCCCAAAAUAACGUUCUAAAUGUAACUGGUUAUAGCCUGUAGUGGCUGUGGGCUGUCCAAAUCAUAAGCAGUCAAAUAUGAACAAACUGGCCAGGAGCGCUGAAGAUGUGACUCCACUGGUUUUGUUCUGUCACGGACACUUAA